CUCCACAACAUAAUUUACACCACUCUUUAACUUUUCGAAAAUUAACACAUAUGGCUUCUUUCCAUUCUCAACCGCCUAGUCCAUCGAUCAGGUCUUUAGAAAAGGGACUAGACGAAUGGAGGAAAAUAAUUAUACAGGAUCCUAAAUCUCCAGAAAAGAAUAGUUGGACUGAGUUCGCAGGAGGCUCAUGUAGUUAUUCAUACAACUUGUUGGAUAUCAAUAAUGGGUAUGAGGAUUAUUUUUCAUGCUAUACUGACUAUGAAGAUUGCUUUCCAAGAGUGAAUGGGGUAAGGAAUGUGUUUGUGAGUAUGGCAAAAACACAAGAAGGGUCAUUGGAACUUCAAAAUCUGGUCAAGUAUGGAACUCCAAUGGAUAGACAGGAAGUUCUUGAUGGGAUCCUUAGAGGGAUUUUUGAGGUGAUAAUAGACCCAUAUGGCCAUUGUCUCAUCCAUAGACUACUUGAUUUUUGUGAUUCCAAGCAGCUGGAGACCAUCUUUUUCAAUCUGAUAUCAAGCAAGGAGCUAUUUAUCUACACUUCUCAAUUGAAAUAUGGGUCAAGUGCACUACAACACCUUAUCAAGAGACUAAAGAAGACUGGGCUGGGACAAUUUAUUACAUUCAUUCUAUCCAUGAGAUUUGUGGAGCUAAUGACAAGCCAGUAUGGUAGAUAUGUAGUUCAAGAGUGCUUUUACACCUUCAAGGCUGAAGAAAAUAAGGUCCUAUACAACUGUGCAAUCCAAUACUUCAAAGAGGUGGCUACAACAAUAUAUGGAUGUUCAUCUUUGAAUGUUUGCCUCGGUUGUAUUGGUGGCGGCCAGAGACUUGAACUACUUGAAAACCUUGCAGAGAAAUCAGAAUUUUUAGCUAAUGAUCCUUAUGGGAAUCAAGUUGUACAAGAAGUGCUCAUGCUUAAAAAUGAAGAGAUUACGCAAAAAAUUUGUGAUCGCCUCAAGAGGAGUUGCAUGCAUUUGGCUCUUAAGAAGAGUGGACAUCAUGUUAUCGAGAAAUGCAUACAAACUUCGCACUACGGACUGAAGUCGAUAGUUGAGUGCAUCGUAAGCAGUGAACAGAAUUUUUCGCGUCUAGCAUGUGAUCGGUUUGGGAAUUAUGUAAUCCAAACAGCUAUUGAGAUUGCAAAGACAGAUGAUAUUGGGCUUUAUCAAUCUCUUCUUGUGGUUCUUAAGGCACAACGUCGAACUCUUUCUCACAACACAUUUGGCAAGCGCCUAUACCGUCAUGUAGAAGAUUACGACACCAAUGCGGAAGAAGAUUAAUCUGAGUUUUGAUAUGUUUGUAUUUUUUGAAAUACGACCCCCCAAGACCCCUAUUUGCAGUGAAUGUAACAACUAUUACUCCAUGUUAUUUUUGGAUAAUUUGUUAUUUUUUUAAGUAUUGCUUUUAUUAGUUUGUUAUUAGAUGGAGUGGAUUUGGUAUGCUAGUUUAGUUUAGCAUCCGUAAGUUACGUUUGUAUGUUAUGUUGGUGAAAUUGAAGAAAACGUUGCUUCUUUCAAUAUAUUGUUGGGUUUAUAUGUUUUUACCUUCUUCUUAUCUUAACUUCUU